UAUGCCGCCAUGUUGUACAACGAAAAAUAACAUCUUGCUGCAUUUGUCGAGGCAAGUUUUGCUCGAGAAUGGCUACGGAUGACACAUCGCACUUCAAUAAGGAAUGUAAAUCUGGAAAGACUGUCUACAAACGGAGGUCGUCGAUUUUCCACACACGAAUCGCAACCGACCAAGCUAAAGACAAUGAAGGUCCACCUGAUGGGAACAAAUUUUCACCGAGUAACAUCAAUAAGGAAGGUAUUGCUGAAAAUAAAACAGAGACAUUUAAUCUGAAGAAAUAUAUAGAGGAACUCAGACAGGAGCGUAAAGCCUGGCAGAAAGAAUACAAAAGCCGCAAGACUCAACGGAAAGAUCUGGCUAAACAGAAGACAAGUUUGGAGAAACAAGCUUUUGAUAUAAGUAUAUUGACAGAAUCUGACAGAGCUUUUCUUCUGACACGUCCCAAUUAUGAACUUAUCUGCCAAAAUAGUCAAAAAACUUUGGAUGCGGCAUUAAAGAUAUCUCUACUUGGUCAGCAUAUACAGAAGUUAAAUAAAAAAUUGAUGGAAAAAAUGGAGAAUAAUAUAUCCACUGCCACUAAAAAUGUUAUAAAAUUAUCAGAGCAAUAAAACAAGUAUCCUUUAAGUAUUAUUUAUUCUUACAAGUCUACAAAUUUCCAGGUAAUAAGGGAGCUUCAUAGUAAAAAUAUAAAUAACAAUUAAAUAUGACAUUACACACGAUUAAUUAUACAAUACUUAUUGAUACAAUGAUUACGAUUAUAAUACAUCCAUCACAUAUAUAUUGAGUACAAAUAUAAUAAAUACAAAAUAAUUUACCAAUAAUAUACAAGAUUAAAUUUCAUAUUUGCGAAGUGACCGUCUACUUUCUGCCAUUUUUCUGGUACGUCAACAAAAUUCUGGAUACUUGAUUCGAUCGUAUUUCUGGUUUUAGGGCGACUCGUACGAUCAUGUCGUGUUGUAUUAAUAUUCAAUGCUUCAGAUAAUCUAAGAUUACAUAGAGUAACCAGUAGAGCUGUCAUCUAUAUAAAUGAAAACUCUUCCUCCUUGCUGCUUUUCUUUCCUUUUGUGCAAGAUAUUCCUUUCUAGAUUGGCUGCUAUGCAAUUCUAGAAUGUGAUUAAUUUUUCGUACAAUUUCUUCAGCUGUUACUGAAUCCGCUUCAAAAUCGUGAUUCUUAAACGAUGCCGAUUGAUGAAGAGAAUGACUUUGACCUGUAAUAUCAUUAAGUAG